AUGAAUUUUGGACAGUAUGAUUAUAGAUUCGGUAUAGAAACAAUACUUGAAAGACGUUCAUCACGUUUUUACAAUAUUACAAUUGCUCAGUCAGGUUCAUUACGAAUGAUACGAUUUGAUAUGUUAGGUUUUGAAGGUGUAAUUCAUCUUAAAAAUUCAUCUAUUGUUCUAUUUGAUUAUAUGCAUCUACAAUUACUUUGUCUCUUAUGGAAUUCUACACCAGAACGUAUUCUUAUUAUCGGUCUUGGUGCUGGGAUAUUACCUAAAAUCUUUCAUUAUCUUUCACCACGUACAUUAAUUCAUAUAGUAGAAAUUGAUUUCGAAGUCAUUAAUUUAGCGAGAAAAUAUUUUGAUUUCAAAGAAAAUAAUAUGAUUCGAAUAUUUGCUGAAGAUGGCAGAUAUUUCAUUGAACGACAACCAUCUAAUCAAUAUGAUGUAAUUAUAAUUGAUGCAUUUACAGCUAAUGGUCGUAUUCCGCAUGCACUACGUACAAUCGAAUGUCUAAAAGAAUAUUUACGUAUUUUAAAAUCAACAGGUCUUGUUGUAGCAAAUUUUCUUUAUGAACAAGAAAGUCGAUAUAGAGAAACAUAUUCACGUGCGCAUUUUAAACAUAUUUAUCGUGGAAUAACUCCAGGUAAUUAUAUUCUUAUUGGACUUAAUAAAGAAGCAAAUAUUUUCAAUCAAACUGAAUUACAAAUAAGAGCAGAAUUUCUCCAACAGAAUAAAUCUUUACCUAAUAUGAAUUGGAUAGAAGAAGUUAAAUAUAUUCGUAAUGGAAAUGAUAAUAAAUGGAAUAUAUCAGCCGCUAUCUUUACUGAUAAAGUUCAUGAAGAAUCUUGA